AAGGAAAUGUCACAGUUGUCAUUAUUUUCUUUUGUGCGUGAAGUCUGAAUUAAAUUUUCCUAGCAUUUUCUUGUUAUUUAUUUGUAAUUAUGUGAGAAAAGUAGUAACUUAGAUUAGCUUUAGUUGUGUAUUAUUAUAUGGAUAUGUGAUAAUAGUUAAGCGUAGUCAUGUUUGGGUAUAGCAAAGAGGCUGUUAGAGUGAAAGUGAAGAAGUGUGAAGGCAAGCUACAGCCAGAACUGAGGAAGUUUUCCGUUGACCCGCAGAUAACCUCGCUGGAGGUCUUACAAAGCAUUUUAGUGAAAGCAUUUGACAUCAAGUCUGACUUCACACUGUCAUACCGGACUGCUGAUGACUAUGGCCAGGAGAUCUUCCUGCCGCUGCUCUCUGACUGGGAUCUGGAUGCUGCUUUUCUCAAGGCGCAUAACAUAGCACAAACUCAGCGCUCGGAGCCAUGCGUACAGCUCCGCGUAGACAUGAAGCCGUUUGCGGAGGCGUCCGAGGACUGGGAGCCGCCCGGGCUGAGCCCGGCGCCGCGCGAGCCGCCGCCCACCGUGGCCCCUGCGCCGCAUCAGCCCGAGAAGCAGGAGGUGCCCACUGGCUUUCAGGGGCUGUUUAUGAAUCAGGUCGAGAAAACGUUCAACAUGGUGUCGCGCGCGCUCAACCUGUACGAGGACCCGAACACGCCGCCGCGCGCGCCGCUCUCCGACACCGAGUUCCGCACCUUCCUCGACGCGGUCGGGCAGAUCACCAACACUACCAAGCUGAGAGAAGUCAUUUAUUGCGGCGGGAUAGACCCUAGUUUAAGGAAAGUAGUUUGGAAGCACAUACUGAACGUGUAUCCGGAUGGAAUGACGGGCAAGGAACGAAUGGACUACAUAAAAAGGAAAGCUAACGAAUACUACACCCUCAGAGCGCGGUGGAAAGACUGCAUACAGAAAGGAAUAGUGAACUCUGACUUGGCGUAUGUGACGAGUAUGGUCCGCAAAGACGUGUUGCGCACAGACAGACACCACAACUUCUACGCUGGCAGCGACGAUAAUCAAAACAUAGCUUCACUCUUCAAUAUUUUAACCACGUACGCGCUGCUGCACCCCCGGGUAUCGUACUGCCAGGGCAUGUCAGACCUGGCCUCCCCCCUCCUCGUGACCAUGGGCGACGAGGCGCACGCCUACAUCUGCCUGUGCGCGCUCAUGUCGCGCCUCCACUGCAACUUCUUACUUGACGGGGAGACCAUGACGCUCAAGUUCGCGCACCUCACCGAGGCGCUGCAGGUGUACGACCCCGACUUCUACGCGUACCUGAAGUCCCAGCAGGCGGACGACCUGCUGUUCUGCUACCGCUGGCUUUUGCUGGAGAUGAAACGCGAGUUCGCCUUCGACGACGCGCUUCGAAUGCUCGAGGUGCUCUGGGCGUCGCUGCCGCAGCGGACGCCAGCGGGCGAGCUGGCGCUGGCCGAGCGCGAGUUCGACGCGAGCGCGGAGAGCGCGUCGCCGCCGCCGCUCAGCCCGCUCGUGAAGGCGCCGCGCGACAACGCCUACACCAAGCUGUGCGCCAUCCGCCGCCAGAGCUCCAGCUUCAGCCUCGCCAACGUCAAGGCCCCUAAGCUGGCCACCCAGCGCCCGCACAACCACAGCCUCGACGAGAGCGUGACUCUAGAGGACUCCUCGCUCAAACACGCCAAGGAGUUCCAGAGCCUCGACGACGCCGCUCUGCAGACCGUCAAAGCCAAACUCGAUAACGAGGUCGAUACGAGUGAAGAUUCUAAGGAAUCGAAGCUUCCUGAGCCAAAUAUGACGACCGUGCCCGAAACUCAGAAACCAGACCUGACCCGUACCAGCAACGGGAGCGUCGUCAACGGAAAAGCGCACCCAGAAGAAGGAAAGGACACGACGUUGGGGGGACAAAUAAGAUUACUCCGAGACAAAAUAUCCGUGCACAACAACAAGUUUGACGGCCCUAAUGACGUAGAUCCCAACAGCAGGCCGAAAGUGAGGAUGAUCAAAAACCUAAACGAAUUCCUCAAUUUCGCGACGGCAAGCAAACCGGAUCCGAUUAAACGUGAAAAAUUACAACGAGCACACUCGGUCAUAGAGACCACUAAGGAGUACCCCAAAAUCACUUUGAACAAAAUGUCUAUGGACGAGAGCGACCUCAGUAAACCGAACGUGAAGGAGACCCUUCUAAACAAAAUCAACAGGAGCAUUUACAACGACGCCAACGACGGCAGCAGCCCCGACGACUCGCAGGAGUACUACCCAAUGACCACCUCCAUGACGCGCGAGCUGAGGCUGGAACUCGAGCACCUGGAUCGGCAGGUGUUCGGGCCCUCGUACGUCAACCGGUGCAGCAUGAUCGACUCGCCCUCCGACUCCACCAGCACAGAGGAUAAAGGGGACGAACAGAGCAAGCAGGAGACGAAGGAUACACUAGAGCUUCAAACCGAGGUCGGAGAAACCUCAAAGCGAUCACCCAUGGACACAAUAAAGUCGACUGCCCGGAGUGCGGAAGGUAUUUACCUGUGGGAGAACCCGCUACACGCGCUCCCGGCGCGGGCGGCGUCGUGCCCGCACACGCCGGACGAGCACCCCGAGCUGGAGCUGGACGACACGGCCGACAUCUUCGAGGAGGGCGGCCGCAAGUCCGUCACGCCUAUCCGCAAACACCGCCCGCCCCACCCGCCCGACCAGCGUCUGCAGACACAGACCCCCGAGGCCAAGGACGACGGCGUCGCCAAAUCACACAAAUUCUUCUCCAAUAUGUCGCAGGAGUUGGAAAACGCGAAGAGAAACUGCGAGUCGCUGUUGAACGCGAAGCCGACAAAUCUGCACAGCGUUGCGUCAACCAUAAACAACUUCCAGAAGAAGUAUGAGGCCUUAAAACCGCCGCUGCAGAAGACUUUUGCUGCGGGCGACGGCGUCAAGAGUAUAAGCGGGCUGCCGCCGCCGGGCGCGUUCGGCGGCGGGAACCCGUUUCUAAUGUUCCUGUGCCUGACGGUGCUGCUGCAGCACCGCGACUACGUCAUGCGGAACCGCAUGGACUACAACGAGCUCGCGAUGCACUUCGACAAGAUGGUGCGCAAGCACAACGUGAACCGCGUGCUCAACCAGGCGCGCCACAUGUACGCCGUCUAUCUCAAACACCAGAACAAAGGUGACGUCACCACGUGAACCUGCCCCCUGCUCAUAGUGUAUUUUCGUAAGUAUUUAUCGAAUUGUAACACUAGUCGAGACUAUAAUUAUGAUCUUCUAUUACAUUCAAUAAUGGAACAGUGGUGGUUGAGUUGAUAGGUACGGACGUGCAAUAAAAUUUGCAUCAGUACUGCGACGGUAGCACGGUCGCAUUUUUAUCGCUUGUCAUGUCACUAUGCCUGUCACGUUCUAACAAGUAUGUACAAGUGCGAAAGUGACGGGCAUAGUGACAGGCGAUAAAAAUGGAACCAUGCUGCGCCCGCUGGUCACAAUAUGUAUACAACUGUAAAUUUAAUUCAAUUAAGUAAGUAAAUAUUAUACGUAUUAAAAAUCUUGACUGUACUAAGAGAAGACGUUGAAGCUAGCGGAAAUUUUGUGAAAGUGAGAAGCAAACGUAUAUUUUAAUAAAUGGAAAAACAGUCAAGUACAUGGCAUUCGCGCAGUGUUAGUUUAUUAUUGUUUAGACUGCAGUAUUCUAUAAAUCUUACUACGUAUUUAUUGAGAUUAAUUUUCCGCCCUCAAUUAAACUUUUGAACAAUAUAGUUACAAACAAUAUCGAUUGUCAAACUUCCUUUUGCAUAAAGAUUUUAUUUAAAACCACGCAGGUUUAAAACUGUCAAGGUGUUCAAAAAUUUAAAUCGACCGAAAGUAUUAAAUUGUAUUUAUGUGCUCAUUAAUAAAUCGGUUUACUUUAAUUAGUAUAUUUCAAAUAAUUCUGAUGACGUUAUUUUUAAAGAAUAUUGUACCUACAAUUGUGCAAGCAAUGAGUUAGUUUACGAAGGACUGAUUAACAAGUAAUUUAAUGUAUUUACUAUGUUUGGGGUCAGUUUUAAAAAGAUCCGUUAGUUAGACUUUAUGUUGGUUACUUACUAAUGUCAAAAAAAGACUGUAUUGUCAGCAAAUAUGUUGUCUGACGAGUAACGGGUCCUUUUAAAACCGAAGCCUUUAUUCCAAAGAACUUAUUUUGACAUUUGUGAUAUUUUUGCAUCUAUCUACUCUUUAUUAUGUUAGUUUUUAUAAAAUAUGAAGUACGUAAUUUUGUUGACUAUGUUGUGAUAGAUUUGUUAAGUUACAAUAGCUAUUAUCGAGCGAUAUUAUGUCUUAACCUUAUCACUUAUGCAUUUAUAUUGCAGGAAGUGGUUGAUUUUCGUCAAUAGAUUACUGAACCAUAUCGAAAUGGGUUAACUGGGCGAGGAAUUGGUUAAUUCGUUCUAAAAAAAUUAAGGUUAUUAUUUGAAUUUUAACAAGUUCACCGUUUUGUCCCUGGUUUGAUCAAUCAUGAAUAAAAUGUGGUCAGAUAUGUAGAUUCAUAACUUUCUUUGUAUUUAUUUAGCUAAUUUCCUCCAUGGGUAUACCUAUAUGUAUAGAGCGCUCAAUGAAUGUAUAGAACAUAAAAAAGUAGGUAAUAAAUAUCUAACAAUGAAUCUUAUGAACCUAUGUUUAAAAACGUAUCAGGUCAGGGCAAAACUGCGUUCAUGAAACAAAUUUAAAUGCUCAUAUGUCAACGUGUGAUAUCCGUAUCACAUACGAUACAAGCUUAUUUAUAUUAGUUUUAUGGUUUUUCUCUCAUAUUUACUUCUGUAAAAUAUGUACUCGAUACCUAACGAUGUGAGAGUUAAUCUAGUCGACGUGAACUGUCGAGGCUUAUCGAAUUAUUCCAUAACUAUUUCGAAAAUAGCCGCCGAACUAUAAUAGGUAAUAAUAAGAAUAAGUCUCGUACCUUAAUAUUGACUCUUAUUUCAAGUACUUACAUGCUUGUGGCCUACAGCAUUACAAUGUUAUUCAUUAAAUUGUAUAUUAUAUUUUUUAAUCAAUAUUUUACUGAAUUAAUUAUGGCUGAAUGAAAAAUAAACUAUUAGCUUGAACAGGAA